AUGACCAUCGUGAAAGACACCAACUCUCCACUUGUUGUGGUCGUGGGUGGGACCGGGACUCAAGGCGGCAGUGUUGUGCUUGCCCUUUCGGAAUCCGACAAGUCAUACCGCAUUCGCACAUUCACUCGCAACACCGCCAAACCCUCCGCUAUCGUGCUCUCCGAGCGUGGCGUCCAAGUCGUCGGCCUGUCUUUGACAGCUAACAACAAGGAGGCGGUCUUUGCGGCCUUUGAAGGCGCUGCCUAUGUCUUUGUACUAACAGCUACUUUUUCCUCUGGCAAACACUUCGAUCCGGGUCGGGAAACGGCGGAAGGCGAACUCAUGAUCGACGCAGCGAAGGCUGCCGGAGUCAAGGGCAUCGUCUGGUCAGGUCUUCCCAGCAUGGCCUCUCUGUCGCACGGCAAGUACACACAAGUUUGCCAUUUCGAAAGCAAGGUUCGCGUGUCGGAAUACGGCCGGGCAUCGGGCGUCCCCUUCGUUGUCCUCCAAGCAGGAGGCUAUGCGAGCAAUAUGCGUACGAUAAUGCGCCCGCGGAAGGUCGCGCCAGAUGUCUGGGCAGUGAGCCUCCCCAUCGCACCGUCGGCGCCAAUACCACUCAUCGAUGUCCACCAUGACUAUGGGCUCUUUGUGCGCAGGGCAAUCGAAGCGACCGUCUUCCCUGAUAGGCAGACGUGGGCGGUGUUUGCAGAGAUGCUGAGCAGCGAGGACCAGGUCCGACAGCUUUCUGAGGCGACAGGCAAGAAGGUUGUCUUCAAUCAAAUCACAUCCGCGGCCUUUGUAGCUGGGAUGACCGCCGCUGGUAUGCCAGUUCAUCUGGCCGUGGCCUUCGACGAGCUAUUCGCUGCCAUUGGAGAGUUUGGGUACUACACUGAAGACGCCGUUCAGCUUGGAAAUUGUCUAGGGCGUAGGGUAAGGACAUGGAGAGAUUAUGUACAGGUGCAAGUCUGGGAUGAUGUCUUUGAUGCAUAA